AUGUUCCAGGCAAGCAAAACCCACCUGAAUGAACUCCAGAUAAAACGCCUGGAGGAGAUCCUCAUUGUCAUUGACAAGCAGGACCAGAUCAUUGGGGCCGACACCAAGAGGAACUGCCACCUGAUGGAAAACAUCGACAAGGGCCUGCUACACCGAGGCUUCAGUGUGGUCCUCUUCAACACACAAAACCAGCUCUUGGUUCAGCAGAGAGCAGAUGCCAAGUACACUUUUCCUGGACAUUUUACAGAUUCCUGUUCUAGUCACCCUUUAUAUGUGCCUGAGGAGCUGGAAGAGGAGGAUGCCGUGGGAGUGAGGAGAGCAGCCCUGAGACGUCUGCAGGCUGAACUGGGCAUCCCCCAGGACCAGAUUUCCAUAAUGGACAUCAUUUUUAUGAACCGGAUCUACCACAAGAGUCCUUCUGAUGAUAUCUGGGGAGACCAUGAGAUUGGCUAUCUUCUGUUGGUGAGGAAGGACCUUACGCUGAACCCAGAUCCCAGGGAAGUGAGAAGCUACAGCUAUAUGAGCCAGGAGGACGUGCAGGAGCUACUGGACAGGGGGACCCGUGGAGAAGAGAAGAUCACCCCUUGGUUCAGAACCAUUGCCGAAGGUUUCCUGUCAUCUUGGUGGCCCCAUUUAGAGGAUGUGUCCCCAUUUGUGGAGCCUGACAAGAUAUAUGGGCUGUGA